AGGACGGGAACUACAAUUCCCAGAGGGCUGUGCAGUCGAGAGCCUCGGGCGGCCUUCCGAGGGGUUUCGCUAGUCUCUGCGCGGUGGGCUCUGUCCCAGCCGGAUGUAGUGGCCUGGCCUGGCCUGGCAGGAGGGGCGGCCCAGCGGGGGUCGUGCCUCCUGGAGCCGUCCCCAGGACGUGAGUCCUGGAGGAGGCGAGGGUUGUUCCAGUUGUUGAGAAGACUAUGAACAGGUCAGAGAACUUGUUCUUUCCUGGUUCCUCAUUAGCAUCCCAAGUCCAUGCUGCUGCUAUUAAUGGAGAUAAGGGUGCUCUUCACAAGCUUAUCAUAGAGAAAAAGGCCCAAUAUGGAGGUUCUAGAAGAACUUCUAGAGAAGUUCUAGAGAAUAAAGUGAAUAGGAGAAAGACAGCAGGAAACUCUGCCCUUAAAGACAAAGAAGAUCAAUUUGGGAGAACACCGCUUAUGUAUUGUGUGUUGGCUGACAGACUGGAUUGUGCAGAUACUCUGCUGAAGGCAGGAGCAGACGUUAAUAAAACUGACCAUAGCCAGAGAACAGCCCUCCAUCUUGCAGCUCAAAAGGGAAAUUAUCGUUUCAUGAAACUCUUACUUACACGCAGAGCAAACUGGAUGCAGAAGGAUCUGGAAGAAAUGACUCCUUUACACUUGACCACCCGACACAAGAGCCCUAAAUGUUUGGCACUUCUGCUGAAGUUUAUGGCACCAGGAGAAGUGGAUACACAGGAUAAAAACAAGCAAACAGCUCUGCAUUGGAGCGCCUACUACAAUAACCCUGAGCACGUGAAGCUGCUCAUCAAGCAUGAUUCUAACAUUGGAAUUCCUGAUGUCGAAGGCAAGAUCCCACUUCACUGGGCAGCCAACCACAAAGAUCCAAGUGCUGUUCAUACAGUGAGAUGCAUUCUGGAUGCUGCUCCAACAGAGUCUUUACUGAACUGGCAAGACUAUGAGGGUCGAACACCUCUGCACUUUGCAGUCGCUGAUGGGAACGUGACAGUGGUUGAUGUCUUGACCUCAUAUGAAAGCUGCAAUAUAACAUCUUACGAUAACUUAUUUCGAACUCCACUUCACUGGGCAGCUUUAUUAGGACACGCACAGAUUGUCCAUCUCCUUUUAGAAAGAAAUAAGUCUGGAACCAUCCCAUCUGACAGCCAAGGAGCAACACCCUUGCACUAUGCAGCUCAGAGUAACUUUGCUGAAACAGUUAAAGUGUUUCUAAAACAUCCUUCAGUAAAAGACGAUUCAGACCUUGAAGGAAGAACAUCCUUUAUGUGGGCUGCUGGGAAAGGCAGUGAUGAUGUCCUUAGGACUAUGCUGAGUUUAAAAUCUGACAUUGACAUUAACAUGGCAGACAAAUAUGGAGGUACAGCUUUACAUGCUGCUGCCCUUUCUGGCCAUGUCAGCACUGUGAAGUUGUUACUGGAAAAUAAUGCUCAAGUAGAUGCUACUGAUGUCAUGAAACAUACUCCACUUUUCCGAGCCUGUGAAAUGGGACACAAAGAUGUGAUUCAGACACUCAUCAAAGGUGGAGCAAGGGUAGAUCUAGUCGACCAAGAUGGACAUUCUCUUCUACACUGGGCAGCGCUGGGAGGAAAUGCUGAUGUUUGCCAGAUAUUGAUAGAAAAUAAGAUCAACCCAAAUGUGCAGGAUGACGCAGGAAGAACCCCACUGCAGUGCGCUGCGUAUGGGGGAUAUAUCAACUGCAUGGCCGUGCUCAUGGAAAACCAUGCAGACCCUAACAUUCAAGACAAAGAGGGAAGAACAGCUUUGCACUGGUCCUGUAACAAUGGAUACCUUGAUGCCAUUAAAUUACUACUAGACUUUGCUGCUUUCCCUAAUCAAAUGGAAAACAACGAAGAGAGGUACACUCCCCUCGAUUACGCUUUGCUUGGUGAGCGCCACGAAGUGAUCCAGUUCAUGUUGGAGCACGGCGCCCUGUCCAUCGCAGCCAUACAGGACAUCGCUGCCUUCAAAAUCCAGGCUGUCUACAAAGGCUACAAGGUCAGAAAAGCUUUCCGAGACCGGAAAAACCUCCUCAUGAAGCACGAACAGUUGAGAAAAGAUGCUGCUGCCAAGAAACGAGAAGAAGAAAACAAGCGAAGAGAGGCAGAACAGCAAAAGGGAAGGCUGAGCCCAGAUUCCUGCAGGCCCCAAGCUCCUCCCUGUCUGCCCAGCACCCAGGCUGAGCCCCACAGGCAGAGCUGGGCCCCUAGCAAACAGCCUCCCUGUAGCGACAAGGCCCAGGGUCCUGAGCAGAAAGCCUGUAGACGGUCUCCAGGCAGAGGGUCUCCAAGCAGAGCCCCCCAGAAGGAGCAGCAUCUCUCCCCAGACUUGCAGAGAACAGACCCCAGAAAACCAAACGAAAUAUCCAGAGAACCUUCCAAAGGCCGAUCUGCCUGUGUCCACUUCAGCCCCAGCGAAGGCAGUGAUGGAAACAGACAUCCAGGAGUCUCCUCUGUUGAGAAGUCCAGAGGUGAGACAGCUGGCGAGCAGCAGUGUGGCAAGGGGAAAGGCUCCUUGAAGCAGCCCCCCUGUGUCAGGGGGGCUGGGCCUGAUGAGGAAAGAGAGGACCCCAGUCGGGCAGCUGCAAGCCUUCCGCAGCAGGAUGGCCACUGGAAGCCCAGCCGGCGGCAGGAUGCAGCACCCAAGGCCAAACGUGCCUCUCAGAAAAGGCGCAGCCAGGAGCUCAGAGGAGGAAGGCGCUCCCCGGCUGGGUCCAGCCGGCCUGGCAGUGCCAAGGGGGAGGCGGUCCAUGCUGGGCAGAGUCCUCUCCACCACCGGACGCCAAGAAACACAGUGACGCAGGACAAGCUCGCAGGAGGGACCUACCCAGAUUUGCCACCGAGCGCAGAGGUGUUGAGGUCAGGAGUCAGGAAGCUGGGGACAUCCACCCUGUCCGAGGACGCUCAGCUAUCUAAGGAGACUGAUCUGGCACCUGGUCCCCUCUCUGGGCAGCGUGUGAAUAUUGACCUUCUCCCUGUAGAGCUGCGGCUGCAGAUAAUCCAGAGAGAAAGAAGCAGGAAAGAGCUGUUUCGCAGAAAGAACAAGGCUGCGGCGGUCAUCCAGCGGGCCUGGAGAAGCUACCAGCUCAGAAAGCACCUGACCCACCUUCUGCAUAUGAAGCAGGUUGGAACCAGAGAUACAGACAGAUGGAACCGAGAGUGCAUGGUUUUGAUCCUCCAGGUUUGGAGGAAGGAACUGGAACUGAAACCCCCAAAGACCAUGGCAGUAAGCAGGACCACCAAGAGUCCACACAAGGGCAGCUCGGGCAUCAAGCCCACCAGGCACUCGGUGCUCAAGCAAAUCUAUGGUUCUCAAGAAGGGAAAGUACGUCAGCCCACAAGAUCUUCAAAAGCCCAUUCUGUGCUGGGUCUCAACUCAGUGAGCAACUUGCAGUGUAUACACCUCCUUGAGAACAGUGGAAGAGCAAAGAAUUUUUCUUAUAACCUGCAAUCAGCUAACCCAUCAAGAAACAAGACAAAGCUUUGACUGCCUGUGGAGGAAGACUGUGCCCAGAGGGGCUCCAAUACCUAGUACAGAGUUCAAGUUCUCUGAUUAGCCUCUGCACUUUGGAAUGACUUUAGCAUACCCAUGCCCAAAGCCUUAUUAGCCUGAAAAUGUGGUUAACGACUGAAAGAAAUGUUUUCUUUCUGCUCUUACACAGCACUGUUUUGUAAAUUCCUAGCCUGCACUGAAAGGGCCAGGAUAGACUAUACCUGUGCAAAACUGCCUGUCUGCCUCCACGUCAGUCAGUGUGGCUGGAAAAGAGAAUUUCUAAUAACAGUGAAGUCUAAGUAAAAGAAAGAAAGUGAGCACUAAAGAUGCUGCUGCGUUGGGAUUUCUCCCCACCCGCUGGUAAAAGCCUGGUUUGUUGGCUCCAGUGAAGAACCUAAAUGAGAUGGGGAGGAGCCUGUCCCACAGCAGCUGCCUUCAGUUCACUACUUUUCUGGAAUCUAAUGCAAUGGACUUCAUUACAGACACGACAUCCUGUCAUUCCAACAACAUCAGUUUUAAUUUUUAGACCAGAGUUAUGACCCAGUGUUUGCUUUUAGAAACUGUCAGACUCUGUUACCUGCUUACAUUUUACAGUUCCCGUGUCAGCUUCCGGAGGCUACAGGCUGCUGCCACGUCCUCUCUGUGAGCGCUGUUCCUUCUGCUGAGCACCAGCAGCAGUGCCACAGCACCAAGACCUCAGUCAGGCAGGUCUACAGACCAGACCAUUCAGGCACAGGGUGCCAACUGAGGCCUUAACCUUCCACGUGUGCUUUCUGCCUAACCUGCAGAGGUGAGCAAUCUUGUCAAAACGCUGUUCCUCUAGCACAGGAAACUGUGCUAACUAUGCAUUCUAACUCUCUAAGAACACCUGGUUUAAAUAAAAUCCAGUGAUUAUGGGCUUUUUCACAUUUUUUAAGGGCAAAGCUACUAGGAAUGUAGACAGGCAGAAACAGUAGCAUAUUAGGCUCACAAAUAUUCCUAGGACUGCUUCCACUUUAAGAUUACUGCCACCCCUGUCCUGACAGUAAGAGAUUGGAAGCAAUAAAGCGUUCAUUACCUGGACUUCACUUUCUAAGUUAUCCAGCUCAGACCAAGCACCAUCAGGUAUAGGAAAACCCACAUCAACGGGAGCACUGUCUUGAAAUCUUGCUAGAGAUCCUUUGUAAACAAUGCAACUCCACAGUGAGAAGAAACCACUCCCAAAGAAAACCAAACCAAAAACUAGUUUGUUGCUGUCUGAAUGAACUGAGGCAGAGAACACAAAGAAUGGGGUUUGUCUAGAUGGGACCACAAAGAUUCAGCUGAUUUCUUAGUGUACAGUAGAAGGUACCAUAUCAUCACUCUGUACUUUAUACAUACUUAGCUAUGAAAUAUAAAAUACCUGUAACCACAUAUCACAUGCUAGCUCAGGAAGCCAGCCUGUGCAUCAGCGGAAACUCCCAAGCAGUAUUUUCCUAUUUCAGUGCAAAGGACAGUUCAUAAGCAAUUUCUUUAAAAGUUCAGCUUUAAUGACAAACAUUUAUUACAUCAGUCUCUCUUCAAAAUUAGAUGUGAAUAAACAAUUUCAAAUAGAGGUACCACAGUGACUUUUCAAUACACUGUACUCAAUGCGCUGGGUCCCUGGGGAUGCCCAGUGAUGUACACGUUGAAGCAAUAAUGUAAGUCUGUGAGCCACUGCUCCUGAACACCUCCACUCUUCAAUGUCUGCAGAGAAAAACAAGAGUAAUAUGAGAGUUGUACCAAAA